AUGAGCUGGAAGGAUCCCUUUGUUACGAUCACCUUCCCAAACAAAGUUAUCUUCACCAUCGGCUCCUUGCUUCUGUUCAUCAUUCACACGGGCGUUCUCGUUGGUGACCUGUACCACUUCCUCGUCUCCCAAAGGGGAGAUCUCAUGAGCUUCCAUUUUACCGUAACGCUAUUGUUCUCGCACGUGAUCAGUUUUUACUGGGCCCUGCUGGCAACCAUCUACACCUUGCAAGCGGAGGACAACAUCCUGAUGUGCAUCGCUCUGACGUCUCUCGCUCUGAACUUUAGCAUCUUCCUGGCCCGUUUCUGCACGGACUUCUUCACCAUUGAUUACAGAGAGGAGGAAUUCUGA